AUGGUCUUUAUGAAUUCUCUCCCCUUUGGACCCCUCGGCCUGGAGAUCGCUUCGAGGAAAUCUUCCCAAGCGGUGACAGUGGCUGUGGAGGCACUGCAGCGAGUCAACUUCUACACCCUCAGCAUGCAGGUGGGUCUCGAGGGCAGUGACGUCGUAGAGGUCACCGAAAACGUGCAGGGUGAUGAGGUGCAGCGAGUGGUUGACAAAGGACUUGGCCAUUUAGAGGUUUUCUACCAGGGUGCCAAGUUGCCAUCGCGGGGUGGCAUCACUUUGCUCCAUGCUGGCUGCUUCGAAAAUCCUUGCGAUCUCGCCUUGUGUAGUGUUGAUGUGUGCAAAGUUGCCGCCUGCCCCAGGAAGAUGCCGCCAAACUUUGAAAGCUUUGUGUGGAACACCCCGUCUGGAAGUCUGGAGAUGACUCUCCGCAUUGGCAGCGUGAAGAGCAGCAGUGUGCAUGGAGCAACUUGCAUGCAGUUCACGCUGGCGCCGCGACUGGUCGUAACAAACGCUUCGGACGUGGAUCUUGAGCUCGAGACUCCUGACAAGAUGAAGAUUCGAUGGAGACCGAGCGAGUCUCGGGUGUUGCACUGGAAGGCCAGCCCGGAUGCUGUGGAUCCUUUGGCCACCACCUUCCGCUUCCGGCCCAUCGGAGCAAGUCAGUGCGAAUUUUCCGGAGUCGUCCUGUGCAGCGACGGUUCUGCGGGUUCCACUCCCUUUACGCUGAAGCGUCAGAAAGGAGGGGUGGAGGUGUGGAGCGUGGAUGUAGCGCCGCUUCAUGGCAGCAUGGGUGUGCUGAUUCGUCCUGGAUCCGACUUCAUUGCAGCCAACCUCCUUGAGCACAGGUGCAAGACGAAGGGCGACCAGAAGAGAAAAUUCUGGUACCACCAGGCCAGGUUCGAGCUCAAUGUGAAGCUGGGCCGCGCAGGGAUCUCGCUGAUCGACGAAAGCCCGCCGCGGCCCUGUGAGCUCUUCUUCUUCUCUUUGGACAUGCUGCGGCUCGAGUACCUGAAGGCCAGCGUCAACAAGUGCAGGGAAUCUGCCAGCUACCAGACAGAACCAAUGAUAUGGCCGCUCGUCUGGCUUGACAUCAACCAGCUCCAAAAGCUGCCAGAAAACUUGGAUCUGCUGCUGAGCGCUGCGCAAUUGGAUGUCGACAAGUUGGACUUUACUGUGGAUGAGAAGUGGCUAACGCCUCUGCAGCACUGGCUGUCCCACAGCUUUGGAUCAGGUGGCUUUGACCUUUUCGGAGUUGCUGCAGAGCAGCUCCUGGCCUAUGCUGGCAAGCCCAUCACGGACGGUUACGUGGCUCCAGACGUUCCCGCGGUCGUCCAAGCAGAAGACGUGAAACUCUCUGCAGUCGAUAUGACGGUGUGGUGUUCGCUUCGCCUGAAGUACUUGGAGUUCCUGCCAGUCUAUGUCCGCACGGCACUGAAAGUGCUCUCAUUCAGCAGCUAUUUCACACUGGAUGGAGUCGGCCUUGCCUUGCCUGCCAAGCAUUUGGAACCUCACCGCGGUUCGUUACAGGACUAUGCCAUGACGAUUGCGAGCGACUAUGCCACCUCCAUCUUGGGUCACCUAGCUUCUUUGUUAGGCAAGAGCUCGCUGCUUAAUCUCCCAAAGGCUCCGCUGAAACUGGGUGGGGCUGUAGUGGCAGUCAUGGGCGACAAGCUCACUGACGUGACGACUGGAGCGUCAUCUUUGCUGAGGAAUCUCACCAUGGAUGACGAGUACAUAGCCAAGAAUCGUGAGAAGCAGAAGAUCACUGGUGCAAAUCAAGGCUUCGCAGCAGCCGGCAAGACCUUGAUGGAUGGAGUGGAGGGCAUGUUCGAUGUGGUGACGAAGCCCAUGGAGGGUGCCAAGAAAGAUGGCUUCUGGGGUUUUGCACAAGGCCUAACAAAGGGAGUAGCCGGGACCAUCGUGAAGCCGGUUGCAGCCAUCGGCACCGCAAUCGGAGAGGUUGGCACCGGCCUGGCUUCCACAACAAACACGCUCAAUGACAACGAAGCAAAUCAGCGCCGGCGUGCUCGGCGGAGAUUGCGGUUGCCACGUCUGCUCUUUGGAGAGCUUGGUGAGGUGCGCCCCUUCGUUGACUUCGAGGCUCAACUCUACCAUCGGUAUGGAGAAAACAUCCGUGGUGUUUGCGAAGUGGUGGUCCUAGACAGAGAGGAAAAAGGUGGGGACCUCUUGGUCAGCACCAUGCUGCUCUUCGCAGAUCAGCUUGCAGUGGCAGUGGCAUCCAACCAGGCAGCAGAUGCUGUUCCCAACAAGUUCGAGAGAAUCUUCGGACCUCUCAAAAGCUCUUCCACGGCCAAGGCAGCAACUCUUCGGGGAAUACGCUUCUCCCAGCUGCGGGAGGACGGGCGGCGUAAUAGGGCACUUUCGAAGGGCGGAACUGGGCCACUGAUUGUUGCUGCAAAGCAUUUCAAGGCUGGUCUCAGCGAAGCCGCCAAACAAGCGCUGCUCAGCGGCUUGAACGCUGCUGCAAAGCAGGGGCGCUUAGAGGCCCAUCGCACUUGGGCUCAGCUACGAACGGUCCGACAAACUGACGAGCGCGAGUGA